AUGAAGAGAUUAGAACAAUCAUCCGAUUCUUCUAUCCAACAAAAGAAGAGAAAAACAUCAUCACCAACAACAACAACACAACAACAUCAUGCUCCAGCACUGAAUAUCAUCCUUCCAUAUGAGGCCAAUGAUAUCCAAUCGAUUAUUUCUAGAAUUUGGCAGCCAUUGGAAUAUCCACCAAUUGUGGAACAAUUACAGGAGAGAAUUAAGGAUCUCUAUGUGGUCUGUAUGAAUGGAAAUUGGAUAUUAUUAUAUGUAGCUCAAUUUGAGGAAAAGAUAGAGUUAUGGAGAGGCAAGUUUUGUAAUCCUCAAACAUUUGGUAUGCAAGUGAAGAGUGAUUACCAAGGAGAAUGGACACUACCACACUCAUUAUCCAAGUUUUAUUGUGUUCAUGAUGGAUUUUCAAGAAUGGUUGAUCAAUUCAAUUUUGACUCUUUCAAGUACUGUUCUAUUGCUUCAAGUUCUGAGCUAGAGGGUUUUGCCAUUGACAAGGAAAAGGUGUAUUUACUUUUGAAGAUAUUUUCAGAUUCGUGUGGUCAGGGUGCAUCCUAUUGUAAAUGUUUAGAUCCUAAUGUUUCUUUACCAAACGAUCAAGUAUUUGAUCAUUAUGGUCAACUGCCAAUUGCCUCAGAUUUCCAACCAUUUGUUUACUAUUUGGAUGGUGGGCCACCGGUGUACAAAACUAACAAACUUGAAGGAUUUGUACGUCGGUGCAAGGAUGCUCAUCCCGAGUAUCACAUUCAAUAUGUAAAAAUUGAUAGAGGUGGAGCUUUGGAAAUUUACAUCAUUCCCGAAGGUCAAAUGAAUGAAAUUCCAUCAUGGAUGAGGGAUACUGUUCAUUCGUCAUCUUCUUCAUCAUACAAGGCAAUGGAUAAAUACAAAGCCUAUGAAGGAUACUUGUUUGAAUUUUAUGCUUCAGGAGAAAGUCAAUCAGAGAAGAAAACAAGAAUGAAAAUGGAUAGCAUUAUGAAUGCUGCUACUUUAACUGUUGUUUCUUCUGAAAUUGAGAAGAAAUAG